AUACUAAAGCAACUGUUAAUGACAGCACUCGUCAAUUGUCCUGCAAAUAUUUUACUUGUAUAUUCUAACCCAAUGCAGAAAAUUAUAUUUUGUAAUAUAUUUUUGAAAGUGAAUUAUUUAUAGUAAUUAUUUACAUUCAGUAAAUAUAUUAUAUCUCGUUAAAUAUAAGCUAUGAGUAAUUAUUCAACGUUAAUGUAUGCGACAAAUCAAAAACAAAAACUUAACGAAGAUGAUCAACUAGAAAGCACCCAAAGUGGUUCCGAUCUAACAAGGCAAAUGACGGAAGGUAACAUACCUCAGCGGCCCAGACAGCUCAUGUUAGAUGACGAUCGAUAUCAAGUAUAUUUAAAUAGUUUACAAAAUGAUAACACAACUGGCUUAAGAAAUGUUAACUCAGAUCGGGAUUUAUCUUUGCCAUUAGAAAGAAGUAGAGGGCUCGACAAUUUCUAUGACAGUCAAGAAGAUGAAAAUUAUCCUGAAUCCUUUGGUCAAGCAAGGAGUAUACGUAGAAAUAGUAUACCAAACAGUAAAAAAAUAUCUAUACGUAAAUAUCUUGGAUAUACUGUACAAUGGGUUAGCUUAGUUACUGAAAAUUUAUUGAGUCAUCCGUUCAUUGUCCUGCGAAGGCAAUGUCAGGUUUAUAAUGCAUCGCAAAAGUAUCAUUUACAUCCAUUGGGCUUAUUUCCAACAAUUAUUCAUUUACACAGACGGCAAGGUGUUACAACGCUAUGGAAAGGACUUGGCAGUUGCCUUUUAGUACGUGGUAUGUCACUAGCCAUUGAAGAUGUCCUAUGUAAAAUAACAUCUUGGCCAAAGGAAGUAGAUAAUCGUACUGGCACAAAGCGCUUUGGUCAACAUUUAAUAUUAAAAUGUGUGAGUAUCGCCAUCGUCGUACCAUAUUAUUCAGCUUCUCUAGUCGAAACUGUACAAAGUGAUAUUGCCAGUGAAAAACCUGGACUGUUAGAUGUAUUUCGCGAAGGUACUCUUCGAUUGCUUUAUUGGAGUUCACCACAAAAAGGUAGAAUGCUGCCAGCAUGGGCCUUAAUUGGGCCUAGCGUUUCAUUGGGCAUAACGAAAUAUCUAUUUAGUCUGGUCAUCAAAGGUCUUUCAUCGCGUAUAAUACGUCGACGUAUAAAAAAUUCGCAGGAGAGUAAAGGCGCAAAGUAUAAAGAUGAUUCACUGGAAAAUCAAAAUGUUGAGAUAUAUUCGAAUUUGAUAUCAAUGCUUACUUCCGAAAUGAUUUUUUAUCCCUUUGAAACGAUAUUACAUCGUAUACAAUUACAAGGUACACGUACUAUAAUAGAUAAUUUAGACAAUGGUGUUGCGGUUGUACCCAUAUUGACCAACUAUCAGGGUGUAAUUGAUUGUUAUCGCACCACUGUUGCCAGUGAAGGUGUUGCGGGACUUUAUAAAGGCUUUGGUGCCAUCAUUUUGCAAUUUGCAGCACAUAUUGCAGUUAUAAAACUAACUAAAUGGGUGGUGAAUCAAAUAACAGAAAUUGUAUCUAAUCGUCCACCUCAAAGAGUAAUACAAUAUUAUAACUUAGAUAGAGGCUUAAAUUCAAAUUCAUCAACUAUAUCGCCAACUACUAUCAGUUCAAAUAGUAAUUUGGAUGAAAUUGCAGCGGAUGAAGAUCAUUAUGUUGAAUAAAUUGAUUUGUUCUUAAAAGUUAAAGCUUGUUUGUUUUUAAAUUAUAAAUUGAUUAUAAUCGAAAUUAAGUUACAUUUAAAAAUAAUUAUA